AGUUCGUGUGCUGGGCACUCGAAAAAGACCUACACAUGUCCUACUGAAUACCAGAGCUGCGGAGAAGUCAACGGAAGAUCCCGGACUGCUGUCAGUAUGUCGCUCAGUACUCGAGAUGUAGUGUCCCGGCUUCUCUUCCUAGCAAGCAUAGGAACGCUUCAAUCGGCAGGCCAACAUGUGGAACAUUUCAAUUGCAACUCCCCAACUGGUCUAUACUACGUCAGUGGUUUGGACUGGUCUACAAAGUACAACAACGCAACUGCAGCUGUACAUAAGUGCAAGACAAUAACGCCAACUAUCAGCUUUGCCCUGAUCAACUCCACGGACAUUAGCGGUACAAACAGGAAUUGCUUGCUCGCUUUCUUUGCGCACAUAGCCACAGGGCGCCCUGGAAACAGCGUAUCAGCAUGGUUGACUUCAAGUACUGGAACAAACCGUCAUUGCUAUCCAGGACCAGCAUGCAGUAACACCAACGUCACAAUCUGCAAGUUCAACAAGCCUGAGGCCGCAGAUCUCACCAACAGAUGUCCAAUUUUGCCUCCGAUCACCAAUGGGAUUAUCACGUAUCCAUCAGGACUUGUGUUCCCAUCAGAGGCCUUCUACGCAUGCAACAUCGGCCACCGACUUGACGGCCCCAGCAAUCGCGCCUGUGUGUCAACUUAUGUAAAACAACCCGAUGCAAUAACCAUUCCAACUGCCUGGGAUUCAUCCCGAAAUCGCACAUGCCAUGCCCAUAAGUGUGGAGCUCCACAUUUGGCCAAUGGAAAUGUUUCCGGUACUUCCCCUUAUUACAUGGCCAGGUGCAAUGUCGGUUUCAAGUUAGUUGGGAAUUCACAGAUCACCUGCAUCUCUGUUACGGAAACAACGCCGAUGCCAGCUUGCCAGCCCAUUCGGUGUCCUGCUCCAAGCAUCCCUCACAGCGCUGGCCUAAUGGAUAAGUACUCUGAUAUUGGACAGCAAGUUGAAGUGAACUGCUCACGUGGCUACCGACUGGUGGGCAACAGUACGGUGGAGUGUACGCGUUUCGGCGGGUGGACAAGUCUACCGACGUGUGAAGAAAUCCACUGUCAAGCACCUGCACGACCAGAGAAUGGAUACCUCUUGCUGGACGGACUGGAGGUUCACAGUGCAUUCAACAUCACGUGCAAAGAGGGAUACCGAAGCACGCAGGCAGAGCCGUCGAAAUGCAUGCCGAGUGGAAACUGGUCCAACCCCCCGGGGAAAUGUGAAGAGGCCAAGUGCAGGAAGCAGGAAGCACCUCCGAAUGGCGAGCUCAUUGGCUACAUUGAGGUUCCACUCGCCGGUCGGGAGGUAUUUUACUACUGCAAUGAUGACUACGAACUGGAGGGCUCGCGAACACAGAAGUGUAAGAUGGACGGCGACUGGACUGGAUUAGCACCGGCUUGUGUGAAGAAGGCGACUGAGGAGCAGGUCAGUUGGGUAUCCCAGCCCGCCAGUCUAUCCGUCAUAGUCGUGAUGGUGGUCAUGGUACUGGUUGCCUUGCUUCUACCGCUUUGCUUCAUACUCUCUCGCUAUAGGUCUCGCAGCCAAGACAUGCUGGACUCUGGCCAAACAAACGGCAAGGAAGAGCCGGACGUGCCUGGAGAGCAAUAUGCGCAACCCACGGAUAUGAUGUCCAAUUUAUCAAGCCAGCGUAAGGACCGCCCUAUCGUAUCAUCGGACUCGGUACCUCGCAACAGCUGCAUUAGUGCCGGCGCGAGUAGCCUCUCAGACCAGAGUCGACCGAGCGGAAUCGUGCCCAGCACACCCAUUGGCAGGCACCUGGGCAGUAUGGAGAAUCUGGUCAGCGACGAUGGCCAAGAUGAGCAUAUGUACGCUGAUCCGCAUUUGAACGACGAUCUCGAUGACAUCAUGAAGACUCUGGCGGUAUCCGAUUGCAUUAUGCCACCCGUAGCCGCACCUCGCCAGCAGUCGGAAGCAACAGCCAAGAGCAAUGCACCUCCUGACGCAGAGAAUUCACAUGCUGAUGUUUACGAAAAGUAUGAUGUGGACCAGGAAACGGUGACAACAAUGCCAACAGGUGGACAAGCAGAUGACGGCGUGCCUCACGCAGCCGUGCGGAAGAGAGACAGCGUCAGUGCUCCUAGCAAGCCGCAGCGCAUCUCGUCGUACACACCUACCGUACUGCAACCCUGCCCGAACGUCAGCGCAGCUACUGCUGCUACGACAGCUGUGCGGGUGCAGUCCUACACUAUGGUCGACUUGAAGAAGAAAACGCCACGCGACGAAACGAACAAGAAGAAGACAACCAAUUCGCCGAUGGCUCUUACACCGACUGUGAAGACCAACUCCGCCGAUACUGGAAUAAGUCACGGAGGCUCUGCAGCGAAAGAUGGCGUUUAUGUGAAUAUGAAGGUUUAAUUAAGAGUCCUUGCGCAGGGAGACGGACCAAACUCCCUCUUUUCUUUCUUUACUGAAUAUCACAUAACCAUCAAAUGCUGCACAGCCGGGCCUCGAUCAACUUUAGUGGCUUGUUUUGUUUUUGGAAUAUCAGAAGGUAAAGAUGAAAGCGAUUUCCUGGUUGGCUACGUGACAAGAAGCAGAACAAGAAUAGCGAUGAAGUUUACGCUCGUCUCUUCAACCUGCCGUCACUGAUCCAGCUGGGGUGGAGCAUGGCUUUGCACAACACUUCUCUUUGUCUGUUUGCAAUUUCCCAAAAGCCUAAACGUAUACUGACAUGGGCAUCUGCAGGCGCAUUUUUUUAAUUUACUUUACUUAUGUGCAGGCGCACCCAAUUAUUUGUAAUUUUUAUUCCCCAAAGGCUUUCGCCUAUCGAGCGGGUUCCCAAACUUUCCAUGAUACCAAAUCUGAAAAAGAAGUGAUGAGCAAUAGACUUUUAUUCAUCGCCGUGGUUGGAAAUCACCCACUCUCUUAAUAACAUUGGCCGGUGUUUCCCCCGAGUCUUGAGAUGUUGUACUAAAUAUAUAAAAAAGUACAGUAGUACCAAGAUAAGAGUGCUACACACGUACAUCUUGAUGCAGGGGCCAACAAAAUCGACCUCUAAAUACAUGCCUUGACACAUGUUGGCUAACAUGGGUUUUUCGGUGUUAUUUGCAUUUAUUGUGUCUUCAAGAGCAUCUUCGCCAAGUAUGGUGUGUCUAAUCGCGUCCAAAGGUCCCGAAAUCACCCUCGAUAGGAAUUCAAAAUUGCCGAAAAACUUUUUACAUUACACAUAUCGAAAAUAAUUUUUCGAACUUUCUCCAACCUUUU